AUGAUUGAGUUCGCAGUGCACGGCUUCACGCAGGACUUGGCGUCUUCAGAACGUCUGCAAGACGUGGCGCUGGCAUGCAAAAGUCUAAAGAGACUCGAGUUAGCCAAGAUUUCACUACUGAGUAAACAUAUCCCGGAGAUCCUGGAGGCUACAGCGUCACACUGUCGCCACUUGGAAUUCCUGAUUCUACCACGCAAUCUAGAAAAGCGCAGCACAGUGAGCGGUCCAAGCAUCGACAAGGUCAUGACGACGUUGUAUGCAGCUAUGGAGAGAUGGAUUCGACUGGAGGCUUGA